GCCAAAACUUUUCCCGGAAUGCACCUGCUGGACCUGCCCCCGGAGCUGCUGCUCGAGUGCGUCGCGUACCUGUCCGUGCGGGACGUCCUCGCGUGCUUCCGCGGCAACAGACAGCUGCACGCCGUCCUCGCGUCCUCCGCCGCGCUGCGCUACCGUCUUCUCCAAGCGCAGCUUGCUGUUGUCGAGAACCCGCACCACCCCGCGCUACCCGGGCUCGUCGCCGCGGAGCGCCUUGCCCUGCUGGAAGCACGUGAGGAGAGAUGGAUGGCGCUGAAGCCGCUCAGCCGGCACACGCUCGGGCUCGAGUUUGAGAACGCGGGGAUCUACGAUGUGACGGGGGACUACUUUCUCGUGGGGGACGUGCCCGACGCGCAGGCGGGGUCGAUGUGCCGCGCGAUCAAGUACGUCGCGACCGCGCCCGCCGAUGACGGGGAGCUGCCGGAGUGGCGGCGGAUCUGGGUGGGCAAGCCGAUCGUGGACUUUGGGAUGGCGGUCGAGGAGCUGGACCUAAUCGCGGUGGUCACGAGCACGCCCGCGGCACACCCGCUGAAGCAGACGAUCGCCGUGCAGCUGCUCAGCUUCUCCACGGGCCAGCCCCAUCCGCACGCCGCGCAGCCCGAGAUCACGCUCAACACCGUCCUCCGCGAGCACGGCCGGCCCGGCGCCUCCGUCGAGAUCGUCGGGCGCACCCUCGCGGUCAGCUUCCUGUACUGGUCCCAGCAGAGCCGCGACGCGGACCUGCUCUACAUCCUCGACUGGCACACCGGCGCGCCCAUCACGCCCCCGCAGCAGGUCUACAACACCGGCGUCGUCUUCCUCACGCCCACCAUGCUCCUCGUGCCCAACGCCCUCGAGACCGCCCUCGACGUCGUCUGCCUCCCGCAGGACGGCGCCCCCAGCCGCGACCCCGUGAUCCACUCCUUCCGCCUCCCCGCGCUGCAGGACGGCCACGGCAUCUACGCGUUCCAGUGCCGCGGCGAGCCCAACCCGCGCACCGCCUUCUUCCCGUAUCCGUCCGGCGCUGACAAACCCGGCUCACGUGCCCGGCCGCGCGGCGCCUUCCUCCCCGCGCCGGAGGACAACCUGAUCCUGAUCACGUUCACGACGGGGUCCGAGGCGCGCAACUCGACGCGGGACCACCUGCUCGUGCUCCCGCGCGCGCGCUUCGUCGCGGGGAUCGCGCCGCUGCUGGCCCUCAGCGCGGCGGCGCCGGUGGUGGUGCCGCUGGACGUGCCGUGGGCGCAGUGGGGCCCGCGGCACACGCGCUGGCUCGACGCGCGCCCGCUCGCGAAGCACUACAUCACGACCACGUGCGGCAUGCGCCUCGUCGCGAUCCGCCUCGACGCGCGCCGCACGCCCGCGCCUGCACGCGUGCUGUCCUUCGCGCGCGCGACCGUCGACGCGUAUGCCCGGCAGUUACCAGAGGGGGGGCGCGUGACCGCGACGCUCGUGCCCGCCGACGACCCGCAGCGCCCGCCCGAGUUCGCGUCGCUCGCGGUGUUCGCCGAGGCGGUGCACUCGGCGCUGCCGUACGUGGAGGUGCAGACGGCGGAGACGUUCGCGUACGACACGCUGAUUGUGAACAACGAGAGCCUCGUCGGCGUCACGUUCGGCGCGGACAGCGUCGCCGCGCUCGAGGUCAUGUAUUUUGGGUAG